AUGGACAAGACAAGAAGCAAAGGAGAGUGCAAAACACAAAAACACCAAAAGCAAGUCGAUGCAACAUCGAUGACAUCGUUUGCGGGGAUGAUCUGGGAACGCCAAGGCCCAUCUCCUGCAACAAAUCGCGGGAACAAAAAAAACAUCAACAACCACAAUCAUGGCAGCACCACACUACCGAAAAGUCGAGCUCCAGUCCCCAGCAGACUUCACCUACCUCUAUGCCAACACAGUCGCAUUAUCACGCCGAAAACUCGACCUCUACUUCCCCCUUCCGCAACAGACAAUGACACGCCCGAUCCGAUGCGCGAACGCGUCCGGGAGCUAAUCGACGAAUACAUAAACCAAACCUUCGAAUCAGCCUCAACCUCAAUCAGCAUCAACGGCUUAGACUCCACUUCACCACAAUUCCCAUUCCCGGCAGCUUUCACCGCGCCAACAGAACAAGUCGAGUACGAGGCAUUCGAUACGGAUCUUGCGUCGCGUGUGACGUCGCUAUAUGCGCAGCUGGAAUCGCUCAAUACGACUGUUGCACAGCAGAGACGGGAUGCGCCGAAACGUGCGGCGAAGGAAUAUGCCGCGCAGUUGAAGAAGAUGAUUGAGGAGGAGGAAGAGGAGUAUGAUCAUGAGAUGGGGAGAGAAAAAGAUGUCGAUAACGAUACCGAGAUGGGCAAAUCUGCGAGUGUGCAGCAGCCCCAAUCGAAUAAUGAGACUGAGAACACUACGCCCGGCCAUGAGGCGGAUGUUAUGGAUGUGGAUUCUACGAAUGGAGCUGGAUCGGCGCAUUCGCGGCGCGCCCCUGGAAAUUACGAUCCUGCGUGGACGUUGAAUGUUGCACUUGGGACGGAGGAGGAGCAGGAACGGUGGAAGAGUGGGGAUUUCGCGGGUGUCUAUGAGGAUGCUUUGCGGAUGCUGCUGCGUUUGCAGGGCGAGGGCAAUGUGAAUACCGAGGCUGGUGCGGAGGGUCAUGCGUUAGCAACUACAGUGGGCAAGGCCGAGAGGGCUGGGCGUGCUGCUGAAGUGGUGGAGAGUAUGACCAAGUGA